AUGGGCAAGAUCGGCGAGUUCCUCAACAACAAGCCCUGGCAUCCUUCCUCAAGACAGAACCAGACGCUGCUCUUCGAGGCCGAGGAGCGGCAGCGCGAGGAGCAGCAGCGUUUGGAGGAGCGCCAGGAGGAGCUCAAGCAGGAGCGCGCGCGGGAGGAGUUGGAUGCCUUACUGCCGAACCGCGGCGGCGCGAAGCCGGCGGGCAUCGAUUUUAUGUACAAGGCUCCGACCGGCACAAAUACGAGUGGCGCGGCGCCGCGCGCGGGUGCCGCCGACGAGGCCGCUUUAGCGUUUGAAGCGCGGCGGCUCGCGGCGGCGCGGCGGAAAAGAGGCGAGCCCGAGCCGCUUGUCGAAAAGGCGCCGGAGCCGGAGCCACCGGAGCCGGAGCCGGAAAGACCGUCGGAGACCUUCGAUGCGCACGCGGAAGCGCGACGCGUCGAUCCUGCGGAAAGACAAAGGAAUUUGACGUCGGCGGCGAUCGCGCAGACGGCCCUCGACGCGCGGAACCGCCUCGUGCUCAAGGCCGCGGCGACGGCCGCCGUCGCGUCCGACGGCGUCGUGCGGGCCCACGGCUCGGCGAACGAGGGCUACGCCCUGCUGGAUGAUGACGAGGAGGAGGAGGACGCGGACGCAGCGCUGCUGGCGUCUUUAUCAUCUCGCGAGAAGCGGGCGCUGCUGAAGCGCCUCGCGGGCGACGAUGAUGCGCGGCCUGCGAAGAAACGCAAGAAGAAGCACAAGAAGAAGUCCAAGAAGAAGAAGAAACGCAAACGCUCGUCGUCGUCGUCGUCGUCGAGUAGCUAA